AUGUAUCUUAAUCCUGCCGUUUUGGCAAAGACGCUAUGGCAGUCGUUCCAGCCAAUCCACAUACUCUACGGAAUAGUCGCGUACUGCAUAUGGAAGGUGUUCUACGAGGUCUAUCUGUCGCCCCUCAGCCAUAUCCCUGGCCCCUUAUGGUACCGCAUCACCAGUUUGCCCCUGCUCAUCCACGAGCUCCGUGGCGAUGAGCCAGAGCUUAUGAUAAAGCUCAACAAAAAAUACGGCGGCCUCUUUGUCAUUACGCCGCGCAGGGUGGCCAUCUGCGACCCGAAAGACAGUCAAAUUAUCCUGGGAACGCAUGCCUUCCUCAAGGACAAGCGCUACAGCAAUGUCGAGGUCAUGCAGCCGAAUACGUUUUUGACCGUCGACCCCGAGCUGAAUAAGCAGCGCCGGAGGCAGAUUGGUCCUAUCAUGAGUCUGGCCAACUUGAAGCACAUGGAGCCCAUUAUUCUGGAAGCCGGAACUAAGCAGCUCUACAACAAAUGGGACCGCGACAUUGCACACGCCGGGGAGAAGCACAAGGCCAGAAUCUGCUACUACGACGACCUCAUGCUCAUGACCUUUGACAUUAUCAGCACGCUUGGAUUCGGACAGAAACACAUGUCGCUGACGUCGGGCGACACGCACAUCGCAAAGUCGGUCGGCAGCACGCUGGUCAUUAUUUUCUUUGAAUCGAUCCUGCCCUUUUUCAAGACUAAGCUGUUCCGCCAGCACAUUGCAAAGUCGCUGUACGGCAAGUUUGACGCGUUCUUCGCGCUGUGUACCGACGCCAUCAACAACCGCAAGAAGCUGCUGAGCGGCCUGCAGCCCAACGAGGACAAGCCCAAGGACCUCUUGCAGGCAUUCAUUGACGCUGAGGAUCCCGAGUCGCGCAUCCGCAUGACGUCGGACCAGGUGGUCACCGAAACAAUCAUCAGCUUGCUUGCUGGCUCAGAUACCAGCUCAAACACAAUGACCUGGACUAUUCACCUGCUUCUCUUGCACCCGCACUAUCUCGCUCGUGUCGUUAAGGAGGUCCGCGAGGCGUUCGGCCGCGACCACAUAAUCAACUACAGCGAGUCCAAGGCCAGCCUUCGGUUCCUCGAGGCGUGCAUCUACGAGUCCCUGCGCCUGAUUCCCGUUGUCACUGGAAUGCCCCGUCGCAUGCCAACGGGCGGCGCUACUCUCCACGGCUAUUUCAUCCCCGAGGGGUACAAUUGCUCCGUCAGCAUUGCCGCUAUCAACACGAAUCCUGAGGUUUGGGAGCGGCCCUACGAGUUUUUCCCAGAGCGGUUCUUAAAAAACGAGGCAAUCAAACGCCAAGUGCUCACUUUCAGCACUGGUGUGAGAGUAUGCCCGGGCAAGAAUUUGGCAUGGAUGGAAAUUCAUUCCACAAUGGCCAACAUCUUUAACAAGUACGACUUGGAGCUGCCCGAGGACGUGCUGUUCACGCCGGAUAGAGUCGACAAGCACGGCCAACCCAUCACGAUGCCACGCAUGGCCGCCGCGACCUACGUGCCCCGGUUCCCUGAGCGCGACUGUGUUGUUUUGAUCUCGAAGCGCUCAGACUAG